AUGGCUUCGUUCCUCGCCUCCGCGGCCUUGUCUGCAACGACUCACCCUCCCCCUCUCUCCCAAGCCAUUUCUGGAAUAUUCGGAAGCAUCAGCUUGGUUGCUUGGAUAUGCGUUAUUCUUCCACAAUUAGUCGCCAAUUUCAAGGCGAAAAGUGCCGACGGUCUCAGCAUGAUGUUCCUUAUCGUCUGGGUAUUGGGUGAUGCAACCAACUUGCUCGGUGCCAUAUUUACACACCUAGCCCCGACUGCGAUCAUACUCCCCAGCUAUUUCGUUUUCGCCGACUUAGUCCUGAUCCUACAAUGUGUAUACUACAAUACUCGAAACAAGCGACGUGCGUCACACUCCCACCGCGCCGAGGUUGCACAGGUUUCUGAAGAGUCACCGCUCCUCCGUCGUGAGUCCGUUCACGAGGCGCAUACCGAACGUACAAGGAAGCAUUCACGCGAUGAGACUGAGACUGGAACUGCCAGCCAGUGGGGAUCCAACAUCGCCAGCUUGGUGGCUGUCUAUGUUGUUGGCAUUGCAGCGUGGUUCAUUUCCUACAAGGCCGGCGCAUGGGACUCCGGAGAUGAUAAGACACCUUCUCCUGACGACGAGGGCCAAAGCCCACUUGAAAUUGCUGGUCUCACUCUCGGCUACAUUAGCGCCGUGUUUUAUCUAUGUGCUCGAAUUCCACAAAUUCUCAAGAACUACCGGGAAAAGUCAUGCGAAGGACUCGCCAUUCUGUUUUUCAUGCUCUCUUUGACCGGCAACUUGACGUACGGAAUCAGUCUAGUCUCGUACAGCCAAGAGAAGAAAUACUUGCUCAAUGCUCUACCGUUCCUGAUCGGUUCGAUUGGCACCAUUGUGGAAGACUGUAUAAUUUUUGUCCAGUUCCAACUCUACUCCGGUGGCAAGCGACCCCAUGCGGUUUCUCAGUAG